AUGGAAACUUCUUCCAACUCAAAAAAUCAUCAGCCAUCUCCAUUCAAGGAGCAAUAUCGUCGAAGAAAUUUUCAGCCAAUUUGUCAACCUUUGCUGAAAACUGUGAGUUGAUGAAAAUAAAAAUAUAGAAAGUUAUAAAAUUCCAAUUUUUUCAGAAAAGCCAUCGCUUGCCAUCUUAUCUUCCAGCCCAAUUAGCCAAAACCCAACUUGGAAAAGCGAAAUAUUCAAAAGAAGAUGAAAAAGAGGCCAAGGAAUAUUUGGAAAAGCGAAGAGCCAAAAAGGAAUCAUCACGAAUCCCUUCCAAUCUUCUCAAAUACUGUUUGGAUCGUAAAAAUUCUGCAAAGAGCAUGAAGGAAAAAACUGUAGUGGUCGAAGAAGCUGACGAGCUAGAAGAUUUGAUUGAUGAUAUUGGGAAUACUUUCACAGAAUCUCAAUCGGAUAAACCAAAAAUUGAAGAGGAAACUUCCACAACUGCUAUUUAA